AUGGUGUUAGCUGUUGGUUAUCUUCUGCAACCAUGGUUGAGGAGGAAAACCAAGCAUGGCAGAUUGCCUCCCGGGCCAAGAGGUGUCCCGAUUCUGGGUCACCUUCAUCUCCUGGGCAAGAAUCCCCACCAUGAUCUCAACCAACUGGCCAAAAAGUACGGCCCAAUCAUGUACAUGCACUUCGGCUUCGUCCCCAUCAUCGUCGUCUCCUCCCCUGAGGCCGCUGAGCAGUUCCUCAAGACUCAUGACGUUGUUUUUGCCAGCCGGCCUCCUCUCCAGGCUGCCAAGUACAUUUCCUACGAGCAGAAUAACAUGACCUUCGUCCCCUACGGCCAUUUCUGGCGGACCAUGCGCAAGCUCUGCACUUCGGAGUUGCUCAGUCAUCCAAAAAUCUCUUCCUUCCAAUCCAUGAGGAAGGAGGAACUCUGCCUUCUCGUUGAUUUUAUCGAACAGGCUUCUCGUGAUAAUGUGGCCGUUGAUCUUAGCGCCAAGAUUGCAUCUAUGAGUGCGGACAUGAGUUGCAGGAUGGUGUUUGGGAAGAAAUACGAGGAAGAGAAGUUUGAUGAGAGGGGGUUCAAGGCGGUGAUGCGAGAUGUGAUGCAGUUGUCGGCCGCUCCUCAUCUUGGUGAUUUCUUCCCCUACAUCGGUGCACUUGAUCUACAGGGACUAACUCGACGAAUGAAGGCUCUUAGCAAGGUGUUUGAUGAUUUCUAUGAGAAGAUUAUUGACGAGCAUAUUCAAUUCAGGGACAGAGGGCAGACCAAGGAUUUCGUAGAUAUCGUGUUGGAUUUCAUGGAAUCUGAACAAGCUGAACAUCCACGAGUUAUGAGAAAGGUUCAGGAUGAACUUGAAAACGUUGUAGGCCUUGACAGGAUGGUGGAAGAAUCUGACACAAAGGACCUUCACUACCUGGAAAUGGUGGUGAAGGAAGCCUUCAGGCUCCAUCCGAUAGCACCAUUGCUGCUUCCCCACGAAGCAACAGAAGACUGCAACAUCAACGGCUACUAUAUACCCAAAAAGGCUAGGAUCGCCGUGAAUGUUUGGGCGAUUGGGAGAGACCCGAAUGUGUGGACUGACGCAGACAAAUUCAUACCGGAAAGGUUCGCCCGUAGCAGCAUAGAUAGACUUCCAACUCCUUCCAUUUGGGGCUGGCCGGAGAGGGUGCGCCGGAUGCAACUGGGGCUCACCAUGGUUCGGCUGGUGGUCGCACAGUUGGUGCAUUGCUUUGAUUGGGAGCUCCCAAACAUGUUACUGGAAGAAUUGGACAUGAGUGAAGCGUUUGGAAUGGUGACUUCUAGGGACAAGCAUCUCUUGGCCAUUCCAACUCUUCGCCUUCACAAGUAA